GCGCCGCCAUGUUGAAUGACGUGCAUCUGACGCAGCUGCGUCGACGUGCUUACGUCAUCUCUCAGAAGCCGCGAACUGCAGGAUUCGAAUGGCUGCAUGAACCAUAGAUGUUUGAAUGAUGUGACAGUUCACCAUGACCUGCAUCAGUAGACCUGGAUUUCUCAUGAGUGACAGUGACUCCAGUGAUUCAGAACAGCUGCCUGUGUUUGAUUUCUCACAGUCAAAAAUCAAACAGACUGAACUGGUUGUUUUAGACCAUUCAGACUCCGAAAUGGCCCCUGUCUAUAAACCAGUUUCAUCAGAAGUACGUGGUCCUGCUGGAGCUGCUGGAAGUGAUGUCUUAAUGGUUAGCAGUGACAGUGAGGAAGAAGAGGCCAUGAUUCCUUUGGCUGUUAGACUAAAGCAGAAAAAGCUUGAUCUGGCUUCAGCAGUCAUUGUUCCUGAAAAGAGCCAGGCUUCCAGUUCACUUUCUAAUGGACGUUCACAGCUCUUAAAUGUUCCAGUUACAUUACCCCCACCGUAUAUAUCGGAGUUGGAGGACCAGCCAGUAGAACGUAGCAAGAUCUGUACCAAUAUAACAAGGCAGUUCAGCUCUGACUACAAUGCACCAUACCUCACCGAAGAACCUCCCCCUGCAGCGGAGAAUGGCACUCACCUAGCGAAGCGGAAGAAAACCCCUGCAGAAGUGGAGGCUGCCAGACAGGAAGCCCUGAGGAAAAGAGCAACGAGAGAGCAACAGCAGGAAGAGAAAGAGAGACUGAGAUUGGAGAAGAAAGCUAUGGCUGAUGCUGUUAAAGCUUUAAGGCCAGAGGAGUGCAUCAAACACAUGGUGGUGACAGUGGACCCAGGACUGCUGCAGCUGGAAGGUGGCGGUGCUCUCCUGACAUCUCUGCAUGCUCUGGGCUGCAGUUGUGCCAUAGAGAAGCAGUCUCUUCCUCGCAGUGUUACCUGGGCUAGACACUCACCCUGUCAACAGACCGGAGAGAUGAUGACUAUUCCAGAGUCACAUACUGUAAUCCAGGUUCCGCUGGAUGACUUCGUGACCAUGAUUAACAACUUCUGCAAGAAGCAAAGUGGCGGUGUGUUGACCGAAAGUGGCAUAUCUCUGACCUCCUGGACCCGAGUGCUAAUGAGCAAGAACCCAGGCAGGACUCUCAGCAUGGUCGUGAUUGACAUAGAGAAUUACUUUAAAUCCCAGAAUUCAAAAUGUCAGAAGAAAUACCGUGAGGCAGUGCUGGGCGAGGAGAAGGACGCGGGACUUGAGGGAGGGCAGAAAAAGAGAAGAAAGAAAGACGAUAUCAAGCAGCUUCCCGAUGUCUCACGAGUACAGGUGGAGGAGGCUUUGGUAGACUUGCAGCUGCAUACCGGGGUGCAGGUCCGUUUCCUCUCGACCUGGAAGGACUUUACUGAUUUUAUUACCAUGUCGACCAAGGCUGUAGCAGAGGCGCCAUUCAAGCGAGAGCGAGAGAACACAGGUUUCACUUUUUGCUUGGAGAGUGAGUGGUCAGGUGGUCAUAAGGUGGACCGGGCAGGGAAUGGCCUACUGCAGGUUUGGAAGAGGCAAAUACAACAGCUGAACCGCGUCAGCCCUGAUAUGGCCAGUGCUAUACUCAGCGUCUAUCCUUCUCCACAGAUUCUUGUUCAGGCAUAUGCACGGUGUAAAACGGAGCUAGAAAAAGUUGGCCUGCUGGCAGACGUGCUGAUUCGCCGCGGAGAGGGCGUUACAUCUACAACCCGCAGAGUCGGUCCGGAGCUUUCCAAGCGGUUGUAUCUUUUGAUGACAUCAUCUGAUGCCCAGCAGCCCCUUGAUUCCACGGUGUAGGUCUUUUUGCAUAUGUGAGGACAAUUAUGGAGAAAUAUCAGACACCUCGUUGUGACUGUUCUGGUGUUCAUUAUGGUAUUUAUUACAGUGCUUCAAUUCUGGACGUUUCAGAGUUUCAAUGUUUUAAUGGUUUGUUCUUACUAUACAUGUGUUGUUGUUGGUAUUAAAUAUUUCUU